ACCAUUUUUAGCUCGCAACAACCCUCUCCCGAUCUCAUUACACUGCAUUUAAAUCGGAGAGAGAGAAAGAGAAAACAACAUGAAGAGAAAAGAUACCGUCAAACUCAUCAGCGCUGACGAGAUGGAAUUUGUUAUUGACAAGGACGCUGUCAUGGUUUCUCAGACCAUCCGUAACUUGCUUACAUCACCAGGUGGUUUUGCGGAGACGAAGCUUGGAGAAGUGACUUUUCCGGAGAUAAGCGCUGUGAUUCUUGAGAGGAUCUGUCAAUAUUUUUAUUGGGCUCUUCAAUAUUCAAGGGGUAAAGAGACUGAGUUUCACAUUGAACCCGAACUGACUUUGGAGCUGAUGAUGGCUGCUAAUUAUCUCCAUACGUAGCUGAUUGCUUUUUCUUUGAUUCUUACGUAAGAUGUUCUGUAGCAAUUAACCAAUAACUUUGUUAUUUUCUUACAAGUGUCAUUGAUAGGUAAUUGUCUUUUCUCAUUAAUAUCUAUCUUGCAUAAUUACUCCGGGGAUAGUAUUCAUGUCUAAGAGGAGAAUCUGCGACGUGCAUUUUAGGUCUCUGCUGCAUUGCAUAAUGGUGUACUUACAGUUAUCUUAUGUGAUUGUUUUGACUUAGAAAGCAGACUUA